AUGGAGUUUGGCGAUCACUGGAUUCCGGAGGAGCAUAUUAUUAAAAAGACCAAGUACUGUUUUGUUUUUGUAAAUAUACGACCAUUCCUACCAUAUCAUCUCCUUGUAUCUCCAAUACGAAAAGAAGGUAGAUUAAAUGGACUUAGUUCUGAGGAAUAUAUCGAUUUAAUGUCUUUGUUAAAGCUGACAACAACUUCACUUGACAGCUUAGGAACAUCCUGGACCGUCAUCUUGCAGGACGGUGAGGAUGCGGGCCAAACAGUCCAGCAUGUCCACUUUCAUGUUAUUCCCAGAACCAAAGGUGAUCUUUCUAGGAACAAUGACAUUUACAAUAAAAUUAAUGUGGAUGUAAAAAGGCCCGACCGCAACUUUGAAGAAAUGAAAGAAGAAGCCAACUUUUUGAGAAGCUUCUUUAAAGAAAAUACAACAAUUUAA